CUAAAGUUUCAGUCUUUGUAUUGGAGACUGGAAACACUCCUCCCACUACCCCACCCCCCCUCUAAAACUCCAUCCUUCAAGAAGCUCAUAAUUUCAGUCUCUCUCUCUCUCCACUUAAUUCCUUCUUCAUUUUCAUUCAAAAUAAAAACAAAAAUUAGUACUACAUGUCUUGGUCAUAACUCAAUACAGUAGUAUUUAUUUGCCCACAGCCCACAUGGAGUUAAAAUUAAAACUCUAAAAAUAGGCGCACAACACAACCCAUUCUUGUACAUUUUAUAUUACCUCAUGCCUGGGAGUUGCUGUUAGUCAGAGAAGACUCAGAAUUAGAAGGAGGAAAGAGAAGAAGGGAAUUAAUUCCAUUCUAUUUUUAAAAAAAUUUUGUUUUAGAGUUUUGAGAAUUCUUGGAAAUGGUGAAAAGAGUGAUGAACAUGUACUAGGCCUUUGGUUUCUUGAAUUCUAGUUCUUGUGCUGGAAAUUAUGGAUUUGCUGGAACUAAAUAAUUGGUGUUUUCUUCAUCAUUACACAAGAAGACAAUGCCAAUAUUGUACACAACAAAUACAGACAGAUUUAAAGGAAGAAUUACAAGAAGAAGAAACAAGAAAUUGUUCCAAUUCCACAAGAGUUGCUAUGGCUUCUAGCUGUUCCAAAAUUUCACCAAUCAUUUCCAUUUUUGUUUUCUUUCUCUUCUUUAUCUUCUCUGUUUGUCCUGUUUUGUCACUAGAAAUAGAAAACUUCAACUUAGCCAACCAAACAUUUAAGCCAGGUGAUGAACUUCAGAAGAUGAAAAUGAUUAAAUCUCAUCUCAUGAAAAUCAAUAAACCUUCCCUCAAGACAAUUCAGAGUCCUGAUGGAGAUAUUAUAGAUUGUGUAUUAUCUCAUCAACAACCAGCUUUUGAUCACCCUCAUUUGAAGGGCCAAAAACCAUUGGAACCACCUGAGAGGCCAAAAGGGCACAACUCAAAUUCCAUGGAAUUCGAAAAUUUCCAACUUUGGAGGUUGUCGGGAGAAACAUGUCCAGAAGGAACAAUUCCAGUACGAAGAACAAAAGAACAAGACAUUCUAAGAGCUAGUUCCAUUCGAAGAUUUGGUCGAAAAAUUAGAAGACCAAUUCGUAGAGACACUACUAAUAAUGGCCAUGAGCAUGCAGUAGGAUAUGUAACUGGAGAGCAGUAUUAUGGUGCAAAAGCAAGUAUAAAUGUGUGGGCACCUAAAGUUACCAACCAAUACGAAUUCAGUUUAUCACAAAUGUGGGUUAUUUCUGGUUCAUUUGGUGAUGAUCUCAACACCAUUGAAGCUGGUUGGCAGGUAAGCCCAGAGCUAUAUGGGGACAAUUAUCCAAGGUUCUUCACCUACUGGACUAGCGAUGCAUAUCAAGCUACAGGAUGUUACAAUUUGUUGUGUUCAGGAUUUGUUCAGACCAAUAAUAAAAUAGCAAUUGGGGCAGCAAUUUCUCCAACAUCCUCUUAUAAUGGUGGCCAAUAUGAUAUCAGCAUCUUGAUUUGGAAGGAUCCGAAGCAUGGACAUUGGUGGCUGGAAUUUGGAUCAGGAGUAUUGGUAGGAUAUUGGCCAUCAUAUUUAUUUACACAUCUUAGGGGUUCAGCAAGUAUGAUACAAUUUGGAGGUGAAAUAGUGAAUAGUAAAGGAGGGAAUGGAUUUCACACAUCCACACAAAUGGGAAGUGGUCAUUUUGCUGGUGAAGGUUUUGGAAAAGCUUCUUAUUUUCGGAAUUUACAAGUUGUGGAUUGGGAUAAUAGUUUAAUACCAUUGUCUAAUCUCAAAGUCUUGGCUGAUCAUCCUAAUUGUUAUGAUAUUCAAGGUGGGAUUAAUCGUGUUUGGGGUAAUUAUUUUUAUUAUGGAGGACCUGGAAGAAACCAACGUUGUCCUUAAACAUCAUUUUUUUUUUUUUUUACUUUUUGGUUCUUAGUUUUGGGUGUACUUUUUAUUCUUUCCAUUGUAUUCUUAAGCCUUAAAAGUGGUCAAUUAAAUCAGUUAUACCACCUUUAACUAGGGGAGUCGUGUAAAUUUUGGCAAAGAGAUUAAUAGUGAAUAUAAUAUAGUAUGUUUUUUGCUGUGUUAA